CUUGCUCGUGAGCGCGCUCUAGAGGCGGAGCUUCGCUGAAACUAAACCGCACGUGCGAAUAAUAGCACAAGAGCCGCUCAUGUCACGAGCAGGUGAAACAGAAAGUCCCCGUCGACGAUGUGCUUAACAUGCAAUGAUGGAAAAACCCCAGAAGACGCAGGAAGAGCAGCAGUCGUCCCCACAGGUGGCGCCACCUGAUGGUGGAUGGGGCUGGGUGGUGGUGGGGUCUCUUUUCGUGUCUUCUGCCCUGGUGUUCGGGCUCAUCUGCUGUCUGGGCAUCUUUUUUGUGGAGUUUGUGCAGUACUUUGGUGAGAGUGCCCAGGCGGUGUCCUGGAUAACAUCUAUUGGCUUGGCCAUGCAACAGCUAAUGAGUCCAAUAGGCACAGCUGCAUCUAAUGUGUGUGGAACUCGUCCAGUUGUCAUGAUGGGAGGAUUCCUUUCAGGCCUGGGAUUCAUUCUGGCUUCCCAGGCAACAUCUCUUUUACAUCUUUACCUAACCAUGGGAUUCAUUUCAGGUUUAGGCUGGGCGCUGGUCUUUACUCCUACAGUUGCAUCAGUAAUGCAGUACUUUACCAAGCGGAGAUCUCUAGCCAUAGGCCUGGGCUUCACAGGCGUCGGUCUUGCCUCUUUCGCCUUCUCUCCACUUUUUCAGUAUCUAGUAGAGGUCUAUGCUUGGCGUGGAGCUUUGCUGGUCCUCGGAGGCCUCAGCUUCAACAUGAUUGCUUGUGGAGCUCUUAUUCGUCCUCUAGGGAAACCAAAGGUUGUGUUGAAGACUGAAAACUUGACCAAGCUCAACAAAUGUUCUUCUUUAUUGUCCCGUAUCUUCGAGUGCUUUGAGCUCUCCCUGCUUUCACACAGAGGCUUCCUCACUUAUGCCGCGGCCAUUACCUUCUUCAAUGCUGGCUACUUCAUCCCUUACAUUCAUCUGGUCGCCCACAGCCGUCACAUUGGUUUUACUGAGUACAACGCAGCCUUUGUAAUCUCUGUAACCGGUGUGGCAGAUAUCGUGGGUCGCAUAGCCUCUGGCUGGUUCUCGGACUUGGGUAAAAUACGGAUGCCGCACAUGCUGGUGGUGUGGACUGGGUUACUGGGGCUCUCCCUGAUGCUCAUUCCUGUUGCUGUGGUUUACUCAGGACUUAUUGUUAUUAGUGUGGUCUAUGGGUUUUGUGCAGGAGCGAUGACACCGCUGGCCUUUGCGCUGUUACCGGAGAUCGUGGGCAUAGGUCGAGUGCUGGGAGCCCUUGGCCUGCUGCAACUCAUAGAAAGUGUUGGAGGGCUGCUGGGAGCGCCACUGUCUGGCUGGCUGAAGGACUGUACUGGGUCAUACACAGUAUCUUUUAUUGCUGCUGGAAGUUUCCUGGUGUUAGGUAUGUUAGUUACUAUGGCUCUUCCCUAUUUCUGGUCUUGUACGGCCCCUCCAUCCUCAUCACCUUCAAAGAGGAAGUCUCAGGAUGGCUCCAUUGAAGAUGGACUACUGAAACAAACUCUAUCCUCAAAUUCUGUACCUGAUAACCUGUGCCCUUUGGAUGAUACAUCCUACUCGGAAAAGGAGUUAAAGGUGUUUUAAAAGAGACAAAAUACCUCAGGAAAUGGUGCAUUAUACUACUUCAGGGGAAAUAUUAUGAUUGUGUGAUGGUAGAAAAUAAUCAGUGGUAGUCAUAGUAGUAGUUUUUAGAAGACUAUUUUGCAUUGUCAUAUGGGAUAGAGACAACUAUUGGCAUAGGAAUCACAAAUCAUAUUGCAUUUUUGGUUUCAUAAUGCAUUUUGCAGUAAGACUUUUAGUGGGUAAUUUCAUAAGAAUAAACUUUAUAACUCAAAUUAAAAAAAUAUGAAGUUCAAAACAAAUGUGGAUUAUUUAAUCAUUCCUUAUGAAUGCAAGUAUACACAUACAUUUUUGGAGAUGCUCUAUGAAAUUGGUGCCCUUCAAAAGUUGUAUAAUAGGUCAAUACCAGCGUAUUUUUUUUUAUCAUGACAAAUACAAUAAAGUAAUCAAGUUAUCAUUUAUCAAGAACAGCUAUUCUUUUUGAUUACAUAAUAAUAAUUAAAAUAUGGUUAAAUUAUUAUUACAUUUAAUUAAAUUACUUAAUUACUUUUGUUUUAUAUAUACAUUUUCAAAUAUAUUGUCAAUUCAAAAUCACCACCAAAUAAGGAUUUUUGCUGAUUUUGUCCAAAUAUGCCACUUUGACUUGAGCGUUUCUGAAUUUAUGGAUGGCGCUGUAUAUCAAAUACUAUUUAUUUUAUUUUAUUAUUUUUUUAAAUUGAAUUAUUAACAUUUUUAUUGUAAAUUACUGUUGCAUACUUACCUCUGGAAUUCUCUAACAGAAAGUUAAUAAUGUUGCACAAAUACAGCUUCAAGGUUUGGUGGAAAGACUGAUGCUUGUGGUUUUUGUCAGUCGGCAACAAAGGGUCAUUUUGUAUUCAUGGCUAGUAAAACAUAAAGGCUGCUAGCAAGAUGUUCCUUGAUUCCACACAAGCUUUAAACUGCUUAGUCAGCAGACUCAGCACAUGCCUGACAUGCUGUCACAUAAAGUAAAAUCUAAGAUAUAGGCAGUGCAUUUUGUUUUGCCAGUAAGUUUGGUGCUGGAGGCUACUUCAGUAUAGUAAACGAAAGCAUGAAGGCAAAAUAAAUGCUAACAUUGCAGUGCUAAUCCUGUUCUGCUCCUCAUGUAGAGCAUUAUUCCUUUUUACUUUUUUACACACAACUUGCUCUACCUUACCUUGAUUACAGCUGGACUGUUCUUGAAUGCAUAUGGAAGAAGAUGAUGAUCACAAGAUAUUCUUUGUCAUGCUAGCAUUGUCGGAUAGAAAUUUCAGGGUUGAAUUGUACCAUGUGAUUUGUGUGUUUCAUUGAUGCUUGAAGUAUUGUAUUAUGGGAAUCUUGCACAUUGUGAAGGGUUUCAGAGUGAAUAUCGAUUUACAUUUUCCACAGAGGUCGCUGACAAACAAAAUUCACUUAUGAUUCAUUGAUCAAAGUGUCACACACUAAAGUCUUUUUUACACAUUACAUUCUUCAACACCUUUUUGUUUAAAAAAAUAUUUUUAUUAAUGCAAGAGAUUUACUGUUCAUAAACUAAUGUACAGGUGCUGGUCAUAUAAUUAGAAUAUCAUCAAAAAGUUGAUUUAUUUCACUAAUUCCAUUCAAAAAGUUAAACUUGUAUAUUAUAUUCAUUCAUUACACACAGACUGGUAUAUUUCAAAUGUUUAUUUCUAUAAAUUUUGAUGAUUAUAACUGACAACUAAGGAAAAUCCCAAAUUCAGUAUCUCAGAAAAUUUGAAUAUUGUGAAAAGGUUCAAUAUUGAAGACACCUGGUGCUACACUCUAAUCAGUUAAUUAACUCAAAAAAUCUUGCAAAGCCUUUAAAUGGUCUCUCAGUCUAGUUCUGUAGGCUACACAAUCAUGGGGAAGACUGCUGACUGAAGUUGUCCAAAAGAUGAUUACUGACACCUUGCACAAAGAGGGCAAGACACAAAAGGUCAUUGCAAAAGAGGUUGGCUGUUCACAGAGCUCUGUGUCCAAGCACAUUAAUAGAGAGGCGAAGGGAAGGAUGUGGUAGAAAAAAAAGUGUACAAGCAAUAGGGAUAACCGCACCCUGUGGAGGAUUGUGAAACAAAAGCCAUUCAAAAAUUCGGGGGUGAUUUACAGAGUGGACUGCAGCUGGAGUCAGUGCUUCAAGAACCACUACGCACAGACAUAUGCAAGAGAUGGGUUUAAGCUGUCCCAUUCCUUGUGUCAUGCCACUCUUUGCAACAGACAGCGUCAGAAGCGUCUCGCUUCAAAAAGGAGUGGUCCAAAGUUAUGUAAAUUUUGCAUUUCCUUUGGAAAUCAGGGUCCCAGAGUCUGGAGGAAGAGAGGAGAGGCACACAAUCCAUGUUGCUUGAAGUCCAGUGUAAAGUUUCCACAGUCAGUGAUGGUUUGGAGUGCCAUGUCAUCUAGAAAUAAACAUUUGAAAUAUAUCAGUCUGUGUGUUUCACUUUUUUAAUGGAAUUAGUGAAAUAAAUCAACUUUUUGAUGAUAUUCUAUUUAUAUGAUCAGCACCUGUAUAUGCAUUUAAACCUUCUUUGAAUACUAGUCAAUAAUGCUGAUGUAAAGAUGCACUUCUCAUAAAACCAAACACAUGAACCUUAAUCUCCACAGAGUGAGAGUCAAUGAGCUCAGCUACAGACUUUGCUUACUCAUGUGAAAGGGCCUUAUUGCUUUGAGAUUUACAUCACAGAUGCACUGCACUCUUUAGCUUAUAGACCCCAGUAUGCUUGCAUAGUGUGAAAAGUGAGACUUGAAUGAAUUUGGAUCAGUUUAGAAAAUAUACUGCAGUGCAAUUCUAUUAGCUUUAGAGUCCCAAAGCAGGCAAUGACUCUCAAGUUAUGUAGUAAUUUUCCAAGAAGUGCACAGCAUGUCAAUAUGGGUUUUAAUGGAACAGUACAGUACCAACCAGUGUUUUUUAGACAGAUUUGUGUUUUAAUGUGGUUAAAUAAAAGGCUUAAAUAAAAUAAUUAUGUUAUGAAGCAUCAUUUAAACUAAGAUAUCAUGACAGAAGUACAAGCAGGAACAUGCAACUGAGCAGGAUAUGUUAAAAAUAUAUACAGAUAACUGAUAGUGUGACUGUAGGGCCCUGGUUCAUUCAAACGUUUGGGGGUUGUACGAUUUUUUUUAUGUUUUUGAAAGAAGCUGCAUUUAAAAAAAAAAUCUAAAAUACAGUAAUAAUGUGAAAUAUUAAUACAAUUACAAUUUUUCUAUUUUAAUAUAUAUUAAAAUAUCCUUUAUUCUCGUGAUGGCACAGUUGAAUUGUCAUCAUCAUUCCUCAGUCUUCAGUGUCUCAUUAUCCUUCAGAAAUCAUUCUAAUAUGCUGAGCUGCUGCUUAAUAAACAUUUCAUAUUAUUAGCAAUGCUGGAAACUGUGAUACAUUGUUUCAGAAUUAUUUGAUUAAUAGAAAGUUCAAACGAAUAUCAUUUAUCUAAAAUAUAAAUGUUUUGUAACGUCAUUACUGGCCCUUUUUAUACAAUUUAAUAUUGAGAGGGGGAAAAAAAAACACUUUUUACAGACCCUGAACUAUUGAAUGGUAGUAAUAAUAGUUCAAGUGUUAAAGGUGUUUCAGGUUUUAUUGCAAAAUUCUCAGAAAUGCAAGUCACAUAAGUCAUAAGUCAUGAAUCAUUUAUUUAUUUAGCUACACAUUCUACUGUUUUCAUGGUUAUUCAUUUAUACCUAUUCCUUAUAUCAUUGCAUGCAUGCACACAAAACAUCAAUUAACCAUUUUAAAUGUUUUUUUUUUGUUUUGUUUGUUUUUGUUUUUUUUAUAAAAA